AAAUUUGUUCAAAUAAAAAACAAAUAAAAAAAUAAAAUUUCAUUUUUAUACAAUUUAACAACAACGACAACAGUUUAAACAAAAUGAGCAAAUUUGCGUGGGUGACGCUAACAACGAAUGACACGUACUCGCUGGGCGCUUUGGUGUUGGCGCACUCGCUACGCCGCACCGGCACCGCCCAUCAGCUGGCCGUCUUGGUGACGCCUGCCGUGUCGGCGGCCAUGCGCCAGCGCCUACAAGGUGUCUACAAUGUCGUGCAGGAGGUGAAUGUUUUGGACUCACAGGAUGCCGCCAAUUUGGCACUGCUCGCACGCCCCGAACUCGGUGUCACAUUCACAAAACUGCACUGCUGGCGUCUCGUGCAAUUCGAGAAGUGCGUCUUCCUCGAUGCCGACACACUGGUGCUGCAAAAUAGCGAUGAGCUGUUCGAGCGCGAGGAACUGUCGGCCGCACCCGAUGUCAGCUGGCCCGACUGCUUCAACUCCGGUGUGUUCGUCUAUCGUCCCAGCUUGGAGACGUUCGCCAAAAUCACACAGUUCGCCAUAGAGCAUGGCAGCUUCGAUGGCGGCGAUCAGGGUUUGCUCAACUUGUACUUCGGCGAUUGGGCGCAAAGCGACAUUAAGAAGCAUUUGCCAUUUAUCUACAAUGUGGCCGCAUUCGCUUCGUACUGCUACUUGCCCGCAUUCAAACAGUUCAGAGAUAAGAUUAAGAUUUUGCAUUUUGCGGGCAAAUUGAAGCCAUGGCUUAUACAGUUCAAUUCCGAGAACCGCACAGCACUGACGCCCACAGAGUAUGCGCACGCCGCCGACUUGAUACAGCUCUGGUGGAACAUCUUCUGCGACAAUGUGCACCAGCAGUUGACCGAUGAUAUGUGUGGCGCCAUUGUUCAUUAUUACUAUCACUAUCGACCCGAACCACCAGCACAACAACAACACGAUCAUUACUAUCAUCAUUACGAACAUGAGCAACACCAUCAUCAUCAACAGCAGCAACACGAACAUUCACCGUCGCCGAAUUAUUACGAGUUCGAAGAAAUUAAAGAGUUUCGCGAUCCUUGGGAAGAUUACUAUGAGAAUUUAGCCAGAGAGCGUAGCAAGAGCAUUAAAGCGAGUGAACAGCACCACGAACAACAUUAUGAAACCGAACAACACCACCACGAACAGCAACAGCACGAACAACAUUAUGCGCAAGAAGAACAACAUCACGAACAGCAUCAGCACGAAGAACAUCACCAACACGAAUGGCAACAGCCAGCCGCAGAGCCAACACACGAGUGGCAAAACAGAGAGCAAGAACAAUCAAGACAAGCGCAUAGUGAGGCUAAUUAUGAGCGAGAACAAGCUGCCGCUGUUGAAACCGCACAAUCACAGCAGCAACAACAAGAGUACCAUGAACAAAAAGACAAGCCAAUAGAACAAUAUCAGGCACCUGCAACCCAUGAAACCCAUGGAACGCAUGUUAGUCCUGUUAGCCAUGAAUCCCAUGAGCAAAGUACAAAACCUUCAACAAGCAAAAGUGUUGAAGACACUACCACUGAGCAACGAGUUUAUGAAGCCGAAAUUCAUAAAGAGAGCACUGCCCAAAAACAACGAGACUCCUCAUCUGUAACGCAAAAAUCACAAAGUACAGAUGGGACAAAGAAAAAAACCGUUAGCACUAGGUCUAGUACAGAUAAGCAAGCAUUCCGUAGUGAAGAUGUGAAUGAAAGUGAAAACAAAAACAAAACUAAUGAAAAUAAUGAGGCUGGUUUGGCUGGCGCUUUGUCUCAGCUGCGUCUCGGCGAGCAACGCACACCCGAACAGGAGGCCUACGAACAGCUGAUGCGUCGUCAAUGCUGGGAGGCUGGACAAAUCGAUUACACGGGCCGAGAUGCUUUCGAUAAUAUUUGGAAGAAAAUCACGCAAACCUUGGAAUCGAAGCCCGGCGCCACGCCGCCACAGGAGGAGGAUAAGUCUGCAGAACACCAUUACAUAGAAAAUCCAAUGCCUCCUAACGACUUUAUCCCUUUACACAUAGGUGGCAUUGCGCCAGCGGUGGCUGCUGAAACGGAACGCUUAGAACGCAUUAAUCGCAUGCUGCAAGAGAGCGCUGAGAAACUGGAAGAGCUGAAAGUGGAGGACGUGUUCACACGUCCGCUGCUGGCGGCGCCGACUAACACCGCUGCGACGCGCAGCCGAUCGCCAGCGCGACAACAAAAUACCAACACUAACAAUAACAAUACUAAUCUUAAAAUAAGUAAUAAUAAUAACAACAACAACGAUACUAAUACACAACGAAGUCUGAAACGAACGGCCUCACCGAGACCGGCACAACAACAACACCUACAACAACAAAGACAAGUACAGACACAACAGCAGCUGCUACAGUUGCAAGAGCAACAGCAACAACAACAAGCCAUACAACGACAACUACAACAACAACAAGAGUUGCAAAGACAAUUGUUGCAACAACAGCAACAAGAGUUGAAAAGACAAUUACAACAAGAAGAACAUGAACGGGCGACACAAAGACAAUUACAACAACAAGAACACGAACGGGCGAUACAAAGGCAAUUACAACAACAAGAACAGGAACGUGCGAUACAAAGGCAAUUGCAACAACAGCACCAAAUAACAGUACAAAGACAAGUACAACAACAACAGCAGGUGACAGUACAAAAACAAGCACAACAGGUGACAGUGCAAAGACAAGUACAACAACAACAAGUGACGGUACAAAGUCAAGGACAACAACAACAGGUGACGGUACAGAGACAAUUACAACAACAACAAGUAACCGUACAAAGACAAGCACAACAACAAGAGGUAACUGCACAAAGACACCUCCAACAACAACAGGUAACCAUACAAAGGCACGCACAACAACAACAGGCUACAGCACUGAGAGAAGCGCCACAACCGGUGCCACUAAGUAGCAAAAUACCACCACCAUUGCUAUCACCACCUAUACAACAACAACCAUUAUUGCAGACGCAACAACUACUGUUACCACAACAACAACAAACGCUAGAACAACAACCACGUAAACAGACGCCAUUGCAACCACAACAACAACAACCGACCACACAACAACCACAACGUCCGCCAAGGCAGAAUCAGCAUCAUCAACAACAACAACAACUACCGCAGACAUCACAACAAGCGCAGGCACAAGGCGCUGCCGCCAAGCAGCUUGCCAACAAAUCCAACCGUAAAUCCAAAUAACAGUUACUGAAAUUGGUGGCCCGCUACGGUUGCCUGUUGCCCACGUGCAUUCUUGAGGAGCUCGCGGGCGCACGGCUACUGAACCCAGUACACGUAUAAGUACAAAAGAAGACAGUUGAAUCCACGAAUUCGAAGUUGUUGUUGUAGUUGUAGUUGUUUUUCACAAAAGACCCAGGACAUUGUACAUACUUACUUAUAUACACACACAAACACAUACAAGAAUGUACACAAAUUUUUAUAAAGUAGAGAGCUUACUCUCAAAGUGAUAACUCGUUUCAGGAGAGAGGGAAAGCUGCGCGCUGGCGUAGCGGUUAAGUGCUUUAUUGAACGAAAAUCAAGUUGAAGUUGUUAAAAUUAGUUGCUUAAGAUGCUUGAAACACUAAAAAAAUAUUAACCAAAACCAACAAACUAACACAAGAGCAAGCGAUCCACCGAAUAUUACUUAUUCACACACACACCUCUUUUCUUUAUAAACAACAAAAAAA